AUGGCCAAAUUUCAAUCCUCGAUCAUGCUUUUCCUUGCGCAUAUUAUUUUGCUUCUCAGUCUGCCAAUUGCCCUGGUCGGCGCUAUCCCUGUGAGCUCGGCCUCCAAUGGAUUGGAAGUUUCAAAGCGGGCCACAUCCAGUUAUUGGAUGGCCAAUAUUAAGCGCCAGGGUGUCGCUCCUUUCAACACCAAUGCAGACUACCAGGUUUUCCGCAAUGUCAAGGAUUUUGGCGCUAAGGGUGAUGGCUCUACCGAUGAUACUGCUGCCAUCAACAAGGCUAUCUCUUCUGGUGACCGAUGCGGAAAGGGCUGCGACUCAUCUACUACUACGCCCGCUAUCGUCUACUUCCCACCGGGUACCUAUGUGGUCUCCAAGCCCAUCGUUCAGUACUACUACACGCAGAUUGUCGGUGAUGCCGUCAAUCUUCCAGUUAUCAAGGCCGCUGCCGCAUUCACCGGCAUGGCUGUGAUUGAUUCCGACCCAUAUGAAGAUGAUGGUUCUAACUGGUAUACCAACCAAAACAACUUUUUCCGCGCUAUUCGAAACCUGGUCAUUGAUUUGACUGCCAUGCCCAAGGGCUCUGGUGCUGGUAUUCACUGGCAAGUUGGUCAGGCCACCAGCUUGCAGAAUAUCCGUUUCGAGAUGGUCAAGGGUGGUGGAUCCGCGAACAAGCAAGAGGGUAUCUUUAUGGACAAUGGCUCUGGUGGCUUCAUGUCUGAUCUGACCUUCAAUGGUGGUAACUACGGCAUGUUCUUGGGCAACCAGCAGUUCACUACUCGCAACUUGACCUUCAAUGACUGCAACACUGCCAUCUUCAUGAACUGGAACUGGGCUUGGACCUUCAAGUCCGUCAACAUCAACAACUGUGAAGUCGGCUUGAACAUGUCCACUUCGCCUUCUAACCAGACCGUAGGCUCUGUUCUGAUGCUCGACAGCACCCUCACCAACACUCCUACUGGUAUCGUCACUGCGUGGACCAAGAAGAGUAUCCCCAUCGGUGGUGGUACUCUGGUCUUGGAGAAUGUGGACUUCUCUGGCUCUAAGGUUGCCGUCGCUGGUAUUGAUGGCAACACCAUCCUGACUGGCGGGUCUGUCAUCGAGAAAUUCGUGCAAGGAAACACUUACACCCCAUCCUCCAGCCUCAGCAAGCGUGCCGUCGAGGACGACGAGGAAGUUGUUACUAUCAUUGAGACUGUUAUCAAGACCAUCGAGGCUUGCCCUGCCACAUAUGGUUCUUCAGAGAGCACUCUUGCUGCCCACGUCGGGGAGACCAGCACCGGAGCCACUCCUGCCUUCCCCACCGGUGCAGGCACUGGCGAUCGCUCUAUCAUUGCCGUCCCCACUUACUCUGUUCCGGACUUUGAUAGCAGCUGGCUGUCUGAGAUUCUGAGCGGCACCGGCGAUUUUGAAACUCCCGUCGCUAACUCCGAGCCUACCACCACCGAGGAACUUACCCUCGUUCCCUCUAGUGCGACUGGCGAGGUUGAGACUACCUCUACUCCUGCCGCCACUGCAACUGAAGUCAAGGUUACACCCACUGCAUCGAGCACUCACGCUGCUAACUCUGGAUCUGGCUCCAGUGGCAGCACUGGUACCUGUGGUGCCGAUCAGGCUGUCAAGUCUGCCCGCACCCAGUCUACUAUCAAGACCUCCAGCAUGCCCUCUGAUCUCCUGGUUGAUGGAGCUGUCUUCGAAAAGUCCAAGCCCCUCUACGAGUCUUACCCUGCUUCUUCCUUUGUCAGCGUCAAGUCUGCUGGCGCCAAGGGUGAUGGCAGCACCGAUGAUACCGCGAUUAUUCAGAAGGUCCUCGACAGUGCAACAACCGAUCAGAUCGUGUACUUUGAUCACGGAGCGUACGUGAUUACCGAUACCAUCAAGAUUCCCAAGGACAUCAAGAUCACUGGUGAAAUCUGGCCCAUGAUCAUGGCACACGGUAGCAAGUUCGCCGAUGAGAGCAACCCUAUCCCCGCUCUCCAGGUCGGUGAAAAGGGAGAAUCCGGUUCUGUCGAGAUGAGCGACCUUGUCAUCAUGACCAAGGGCUCCGCGCCCGGUGCUAUCCUCAUGGAAUGGAACGUCGCCGCCUCCUCGCAGGGUUCCGCCGGUAUGUGGGACGUCCAUUUCCGUAUCGGUGGUGCUGCUGGCUCUGGUCUCCAGGGCAAUGUCUGCCCCAAGACUCCAUCCGUCAAGACGACACCCAAGUCCGAGUGCAUGGCUGCUUUCAUGCUCCUGCAUGUUACAGAGAAGGCUAGUGCCUACCUUGAGAACACCUGGAUGUGGACUGCCGACCACGACCUCGACCUUGCCGCUCACGCCCAGAUCAAUGUGUACACUGGUCGUGGUAUCCUCAUCGAAUCACAGGGCCCUGUCUGGUUGUGGGGUACUGCAUCAGAGCACCACCAGUUGUACAACUACCAAGUCUCAAGUGCGCAGAACGUCUUCAUGGGUCUUAUUCAGACCGAGACUCCCUACUACCAGUCCAACCCCACAGCUCUUACACCUUUCACUCCUCAAGCGAAGAAGUGGAAUGAUCCUGACUUCUCCACCUGCACCACAGCCAAAUGCCGCAAGUCAUGGGGUCUCCGCGUUCUCAACUCUUCUGAUACAUUCAUCUACGGCGCCGGUUUGUACAGUUUCUUCGAGAACUACGCACAGACUUGUCUCGAUCCAGAGGAUUGCCAGGAGAAUAUCGUUGAGGUUGACUGUUCUGAUGUGCAGAUCUAUGGCUUGACCACCAAGGCUUCUGUUAACAUGAUAACCUCUACCGGUGGAGAGAGUCUGGUUCCUGAACUUCCAAACCAGAGUGUUUAUGGUUCGACUAUUGCCUUCUUCGAGCAGACCUCCUAG